GGGGAGGGCGCUGCCCGGCUCCCUCCCACCCUCUCCGGAUAAAUGAGCCGCCGGGAGGCGGCGGGCGGCGCAGGCUGUGGACGAGCGCGGCGCAUCCCUGUCCCGUCCCCAUCCCGUCCCCCGCCGCGCCCAGCGCUCCCUGCCGGCGGGGCCGCCCCGGGCGCUGCCGCGCGUACUCGGCCGCGUCCCCGCGGGGCUGGGCGGGGGGAUCGGGCUUCGCUUCCCUCCCCUGGGAACGCCUGAGGGCGGGGGCGGCCGGGCGGGCAGGGCCAGGGCCGGUGGAGGGGAGGCGGCCGGGACACCCCGGUCCGGCUGAUGCUGGCGCUGCCCCGCGCAGCACCGGGCUCCGGCAGGCUGGUAGCGGCGGUCGGGACGCCGGAGGGGCCCCCCGGGCUCCCUUCCCCUUCCCUCCCUCCGCGGCGGGCGGCGCUGGAGGAUUUUCUCCCGCCGCGGCCCCCUCGCUGUCCCCCAGACAUGGUAGGUCACCUCCAGCUGCAAGGGAUGGACGAGAGCCUGAAGGAGAAGAGCCGGGAAGGCUUGCUGGACAGUCCGGACUCGGGGCUGCCCCCCAGCCCCAGCCCCCCCUUCUACUCCCUGUCGCCCGGUGAGGGCCGAGCAGGGGGCAGCGGCGGUGCGGACCCCCCGGCCCCGGGCCACCGGCGAGAGGCCAAGGACGGCAAAGUGAUGCCUUAUCUGCUCCUGAACCCGUCCAUGCCAGAGAUAAGGCCUCGAAUGUACCCGGUGUUUUUUGGAGAGAGCAUUGAGGUCAACCCUGAGCCUGUGCAGGAAAUCAGGUGCAAUUCCGAGGUGAAGUACGACUCAGAGAAGCACUACCGGGACGACAUCUUCUACGGCCCCAUCCCCACGGUCACCACCUACAGCGAGACCAUCAUCGCCGCUCCCAACUGCACCUGGCGGAACUACAAGUCCCAGCUGAUCUUCGAGCCCCGCCAGAAGCCGGUGAGGUUUCAGAGCACGACCAUCAUUUUCCCUAAGCGUGCCAAGAACAUUUACCGGACCACCCUCAACUACAGCCUGGGCUGUGCCAAGCGCUGGUUCGCUUCCAGCGUGCAGCUGGAACUCUGUGAGGAAACCAACCCGUGCGUCAUGUACAGCGAGACCCUCUGAUCCGCCCCGCCGCUGCACCCGCGCGACCCCCGCCAGGCCACGCGGCUCUGGCUGGGCCUUGCUUGGUGGCAACUGAAUAUUCAUGGCUGGAGAGCAGCUCUCGAGGCUUGCAGGGCACAGGAUGGUUUUGAUCAGUGAGAGGCUGGCUUGUAUUUUGCGACGUUCCUGACAUUCAUGAUCUGGAUUUUAUUUUUGGGGUUGUUUGUUUUUUUUUUUCUCCGAGCGUAUCUAUUUUUGGCUUGUGUUUAGAUGAAAUCAAGAUGACAAAGGACCCUGUUACCCAUUGCAGAGUGAUGCCUUAUGAGCUCUGUAGGUCUUGUCUAGCACAUAGGUGAGAGUCAUUGUAAGCUUCAGAGCUAUUUUGGUCUCUGCAAAGGGAAGACCAACUGCAGAGUCAGCGUCUGUUCGGCCCAGCACACACCAGGCCAGAUCUCUUUGAGAGCUGAAAUACAGAGGAGGUGGUUAUUUGCACCAGUACAUCACAGCUUGCUCCAACAGCUCAUCUGAGUGAGAGCUGCCCGAUUAGAGCACCGCAGUCACCCCCCUUCCUGAGAGGAGUGGAGACUGUCACCCCGAGAAAAAGAGGAUUUAAACAGGUCCCCCAGCUCUUGCUGGCAGCUGGAUGUUUGUGUCCCAUAGCAAAACAACCAGGAGAUGGGAGGAAGGCCUGCUGUGAUGCACAGGCACAUCUUUUGUGAGCCCAGCCAGGAGCAAGCAGGGAGACUGAGGAAAAUGAACAGCUGAAGGGCUGGUUUCUAAAAGUCACUGAGAGAUUUAGGAGCCCAGUGCCCUUCUAUCCAAAGUACUGUCAUACCAAGUGUGCCAUGCUGUUCACUGCCUCCAACACCUAAUUUAAGGGAUCUGUAUGCACUUGCAGCCCUUCUGAGUUUCAGGGUGUGGCUGUAUUGCAGAGAGGAGUGUAGAGCAGAAAGUUCCCUGGUUUCUUUGAAGCAAGGGCAAGGUUAACUCACCCUCUCAAUAGUUUCCAUAUUUGUGGCAUGGGCAGCUUUUCUGCCUGUAGAGGAGCAGCCAGACUUUCUGUGUAGAGCUUGAAGGACUGAAGAGCCCACAUCCAUCUGGGUUUUCCCUACUCAGCCAGGCUGUAGCACUAAAACCAGCUACUUCACAAACAGCUGAACUGUCUCUGCAACAGGACCAAGAAACAGUGAGCAGGAGUCAGUGCAACCAUCCAAAGGUAAAACAUUCCCCACUCAUGAAUCCCAUCUCCUGCUUUAUCUUCACUUUGGUCUCUUGCUGAAAAUCUGCAAGAGCCUGGAUUCCCACAAACAUAUAACUUUUGAAAAUAGCACGGAAUUGUCUCCAAAAAUCUUACCAAGAAUUUUUGCAUGCUGCUCAAACUUAGAAAUAACCACACAGCUCCGGAAAUUAAUUUCCAGCUUUCUCUCUUCUAAACUUUCCAUUUUGUUCCUGACUUGCUGUGAGUCUGAUGGAGUUAUUUCAGAACACAGCUGAGCAGCCAAGUCAGAAAGCCUAUUAACAAUGUCAACAAGACGUAGCUGAUUGCCCAGAACAGUUGACGCACAAACCCGCUGAGAUUUUAAAAAAAAAAGUCUGAGAAACUUGAAAAAAUAAUAAAAUUAGUGACUUAUAAAGAUACUUUUUCCAUCAGUUUCAAAAAGCAGUUGGUAAAUGUGACCAGAACUGUGACCUUUAUGAAACAGAGUUCUCUUGUUUAAAAUGUAGCACAGUUUUUCCACCAGAGGUAAAUAUAAAGUCUUUAAAUACAAACUUCAA